AUGGUGGCGAGAAAAAGAUUCCAAAGAAAGUGUAAAAACUUCACGGACGAGGAACCAGAGCAUUUAAGAGGCAGUCUCUGCAGCAAUAGCCUCAAAUCUUAUAUCUGUAAAUUGAUUGAUCAGCUCACACUUUGUGAUGCCCAGCUUGUUGAACCUGUUGAUUCGACGUUGUGUUUUGUCCANAAGUUAAUAAGUGCUGAAAACAUCGAACUUGAUUUACAAACGACCAUCAAAGAUCUUGACCAAGAGGACACCUAUAAAUACCUUGGUGUUAAUGAAGGAGAUGGACUUCAACACUCAAUGAUGAAGGAAAAGAUUCGCAAAGAGUAUUAUAGAAGGAUACGUCUAGUUCUUAAGUCAGAACUAAAUGCUAUCAAUAAAAUAAGCGCAAUAAACACCUUAGCAGUCCCAGUUGUCACUUACAGCUUCAAUAUCAUCAACUGGAAAAUAGAAGAACUCAAGCGACUGGAUAGAAAGACAAGAAAGCUUUUGACAAUGGAAAAAAUGCACCACCCUAAGGCUGACGUGGAUAGACUGUACUUGCCAAGAACAUCAGGUGGUAGAGGUCUUAUUCAAAUUGAGGCCUCUUACAAGACAACCACGAUUGGCCUUGAUACUUAUCUUAGCGACAAGCAAGACAAUCUACUGCAAAUAGCGAUUGACCAUGACAAGGCAAAGAAAUUAUUUUCCAUUCACCAUGAAGCGACAAGGUUCAAGAGGGGUCUCAAUCUACAAGAGAUACCGAAAACAGCGAAUGAACCAACCACUAUCUAUGCCCGGAGAACCAAAAUAAAAGCAAAACAUUAUUCUGAAGAACAGCUCAAGAAUUCCUGGGAAGAAAAACCACUUCAUGGAAAGUAUCCAAAACGCCUUAAUGAUAAUGAUGUUGAUCACCUUCAGACAAACAAAUGGCUCAAAACCUCUGGAUUAAAAUCCCAAACUGAAGGCUUUAUAAUUGCUGCUCAAGAUCAGUGCAUUGCAACAAACUAUUAUAAAAACAAAAUCCCAAAAGAUGGUACUUGUCCUCUAUGUAGAAUUUGUAAUCAACAACUUGAAACGAUAGACCACAUUGUAUCGGGGUGCCCAGAGCUUGCUAAGACAAUAUAUCCGUCGACAUAA